ACGAAGUCAUUGAAGUGGUUUGUUAAUUUUUCUCGACAUUUCGAUUGCAAAGUAUGUUUUUCUUGAUAUCUCUUUUGUUUUGGUAAUUUGUCGGCUAGUAGUACUUUGUAAAGAGCUUUCUGUAUGACACUGGAACAAAAUUUAAAGCGCAAUGGAUCAGCACGACAUAAUACCGGACGCUGCCAUGGAGGGGAAGUUCAGUACCAUGGAAGAGCAGCUCCAGCAAGAAAGGAAAAUCUUUGUGGAGAAGGUCAACGAAAUUAUGGAUCAGUGCCAGCGUAUUGUGUGGAAUUUGUGCAAGCAGUACGAGAAUGUGCUUUAUCGUAAAAGUGGCACAGAGGAAGAGCUGAUUUUUGGCGAAAACACGGAUGGCGAGGAUAAGACCGAAUCAGAGCAACCUGAUAAUCCUCCAGUACCACUUAUGCCGGAAACUCCGAAGGUUAUUUCUUUCUCUGGAUUUCAGUGGACUGUGAAUCCUACCUCCUCCAAGUGGAAUUCCGAUAAUGCGUUUGUGGAUGAGCACGGCAAACUCCAUCUGCGCUUGAGCAAGGAGGAUGACGGUUGGCAAGGAGCUUUAUUGACCAGCGUUUCAAAGUUUGGCUUCGGUCGCUACCAGUUUCACGUGGACGCGCGUUUGGACAAACUGGAUCCCAACGUCACCUUCGCCAUGUACAGCCAGCCCGAACACUCUCCGGACAGUGUGGCGAUAAAGUUCGCGAAAUGGGGAUACGGAGACGCAGAGCAGGUGAGCUACGGGAUGAGCAACCGCUUCGUUAACGAGCCGUUCCUGCGGACCGCGACAUCGGUUGGGCAUCGCUUCAAGCUCAACGGACCCAAUACAACGCAUUCCUUCUAUCGAAAACGCAACAGUGUACUCUUUCGAUCGCAGCACGGGCAUGAGAACAACAACAACAGAUAUGAGAUAUUCAACUGGAAUUGUGAACUGCCGAAGGAGAUCGACCAGCAAGACGAAUAUGCGCCCGUGACACUGGGACUCUCGCUGUACGAUGGUCGCCCGCCGACUGAUGGCCAGGAAGUGGAAAUUGUGAUCACUUCGUUUAUUUUUCAUCCGUAACUGUACAUUCUUGGCGAAUACCGCGAAGUAAUCAGCUGUAUGGAUUAUGUUAUGUUGUUUUGGUUUUAUGGAUGGAAUUUUGAAUUGUAAUAACACUUUUCUUUUGUAGAUAGGUCAUUGAACUGCGCGAAACUGAUGGGAGUGCGAGAGCUUGUGUGCAUUUUCCAUAGCUGAACUGGCAUCGAGCACUUCAUAUUUUGUUCUUAGUUCUUACUAUUGAUCGCUUCGGUGUUGUGUGCCGUUUAAAGCUUUGUGGAAUGGUGUUGCAUUUUUAAA